GGGCGGGCCGAAGCGUUUGUUGUGGUGGGAUCCCCUUCCGCCGCGGCAGCGAGGCCGGGGGCGAGAGAGCCGAGGCUGUCCCCAUGAGUUCUCCUGUGGAGGAUGCCCAUGAUCCUCUUUGCCUGCGUGGUGCGGGUAAGGGAUGGACUUCCGCUCUCGGCUUCCAGCGACUUCCACCUAGACCAGGGUUUCUUGGAAUGCAGGAAGAGACUCAAGGUCCUGUCCUCCAUACUGACACGAUACCCGGAACGUGGCACAGCAAAAGAACGUGACCUCAGCAUACACUUCCACACUUCUGGGGACGUCGCCUGCACCUGCAUCGCCGUCAGCAGUUAUCCAGCAGUCAUGGCAUUCUGCUUUUUGGAAGAGCUCCGGUGCAAAUUUGCCAUGUCCUACAAUGCUACCAGUGUGAGUCUGGCUUCCAGGCCGUAUGCUUUCCUUGAAUUUGACAAUGUCAUUCAGAAAAUCAAAAACCAUUUCAAUCACACCAACUGCGCUCAGCAAAAAAUCUGUGUGGAAAAGAUGCAGGAGGAGUUGCGCGUGCGACCUCCUGCGCUCAUCAGAUGGGAAGAUACGGAGCUAAUGAAUGGGAUGAUGAAUGGCCGUGUGGAAGUCCACCUCGAGACUGCGCCUGCUUGCAGGAUGCAGCCUGUGUCUCCUUUGGGGAUCCUCUCUCUCGUCCUCAACAUCAUGUGUGGUGCGCUCAAUCUUAUCCGAGGGGUUCACCUGGCAGAAUAUUCAUUUCAGGAAGAUCACAAAGGAAUUGGAAAUGUAGUAGCAUUUCUGCUGCCUUUCAUCGCCUGCUUUGGUUUGUGUUACCUCUACUUGUUCUACACUUCAGCCAGGAAGAUCAAAGUCUUCAUCCUUUUUGUGACUGUCUGUGUCUGCAACACAUAUUUGUAUGGAUUAAGAAACCACUGGCAGAUACUUUUCCACAUAGGAGUUGCUUCUCUUUCUUCUCAUCAGAUAUUAACCCGGCAGGUGGUUGAGAAACAGCCCGAUUUGGGGGUGUGAAAAAGGACUCACCGAAUUCCAGAUGGGGUGUUUAAAAAGCCUUUGCGUUGAGGAAGGUGGUUGUAAUGCAGCUCCAAGCGGUUUGACUAGUAAAUUUGGUUUUUCAUCCUUCCUCAAAAUAAUGCAUUUUAGCAAAACUCAGACGCAAUUUUUUAGGGCAGAUAGGGAGCAAAGAAACAAGAUAUUCAUCUUAAGGAAGGAAGCUUUAAUUUUUUGCAGGUUAAUGUAUAUGAUCCAAGAAUAGGCUGAAGGAUGUCUGCACUGAAGAUGAUCAUGCAGGGUGCUCUUUAACACUGCUCUGAGCUUCCAGUAGAAAUUCAGAAUGUGGUUAUAGGCUGCCAAGAGCACAUUUUCUGACCUGUCUUUUGCAAGCAGAGAGCAGGUUCAGAAGUACUGUCAAGCGCUGAUAAUGUGGGAAAAUCAACUUGGAGAAUCAGACUCCAGGUAAGGUCAAUAUUGCACAUGCCCUGAGAACUCCCAACUGUGUUUGAGGCCUCUCUCAGAGAUGAGCUUUGGGGCAUUGUUGCAACCAGCUUUUGGGCUCCUCCAAGUUUAAAGCAGACUCUUGGCCGAACCAUUGAGGUUUUUAUGGCAACAGUGGGUUGUCAUAAUAAGUAAUUUAUGAUGAUGAUAAUUGUGGGGGGGGGAUUGUUUGGGAAACAGGUUCUUGACUAAGGUGCAGCUUAUAUGCGUUAGACUAAUUGUCAGGCAUGAGUUGUAGAUAAAUCUACUUAUACGAGCUGGAAUGGGUAGACAAGGCAAAGGUAAGAAUGCCUUGAAAAGCCACUGAUGGUGAAGGUGCCUUGAAAUGUAUCCUGUAAAAGUUUCUUGUACACUGUCCGUUCAUCAUUUUGAACCUAAAGAAGGCCUUGAAAAGACAAUGGGUUCCACGGUUUCACAUCAGUAGGGGAAUUUUGUAAUAUUUUCUCAUUUGAUAUCUGGCUUUCAGUCCACCUGCCACACGUGGGGGCUCAGCCACAGGUUUACAGAACAGAUAAUAAGGGAAAAAAGUGAACUGGGUGCUGCAUGUUCUUCAUGUAGUUACUUUUUUCAGUUUGAAUGGGGAUGAAUUUUUAUUGAAAGCAACCAUGGUAAUUUUAUAAUGGCGUGCCCUAAGCAGGGCAUCCAUUGAGUUUAGCUCAGAGCAACUCAGAUGCUGCUAGACCUCAUGUCAAGGAACACAAGACUUUACCAGGUAAAUGUUAACAGAUCUUGGACUGAUGCAGCGUGCCCAGUUCUUGUCCACUGCCAGGUUCUCACAGUCUCUCCAGCCUCUUGUCGCAACAGUGGCCAACACCACCUACGCUCUGUCUUGUUGGAUUUGCUUCUAGUAUAGAUAGUCCCAUCACAGAGGUACGUUUUGCCUUUUAAUGAAACAUAAGAUUGACGAGAGAAAAAGCACUUCUAAAUUGUUGAGUGGCACAAUCUGUCAGCAUCAUGAGUGUCUUAAAAGGUCUACUUUGAUCU